AGAAGAGCCGUUUUGGCAUCCAACGACUAAAAUACAGCGAACCCCCAACGUAAAGUUUUUUGUUUCUGUUUUUGUUCCCUCAACGGUCGGAAAACUUACAAUACUGAAAAACUCCCUCGCCAUUCCUUCCAUCGCUCCAUCUCAAGCAAGAACUCAUCAAUCUUCUCUCACUUACCUAUUCUUCUUCUUCUUCUUCUUGUUCCAUUCUCUCUUCUUGAUCAUCUAAUUGAAGAGAAAAUGAGUAUUCUUCAAUACACGGACGCUAUUAAUCCCCCAGAUCUUCAGGUUUGGAAUAAUGCCGCCUUUGACAAGGGAUAUUCAGACAAAUCGGCAAAUAUCAAGGCUUCUUGGUGUUCUUCCCUGCAAUCUAUCUCCAUCAAUUGUUCGGAUUCACUGGCAUCUGACUCCAGCAAAGAAAAUUUGAGUCCUGCUUUCGGUAAUGGGAAUGUUUCUUUAAAAUCUCCAACACCCCUUAAGCCCCUGCAACAAAACGAAGCCGCCGGAAGAUCACAAGGGAAGCCAUUAAAGCUCCUCUUCACAGAGGGUAUGCUUCUUCUUUCCCCGACCCCUUCCAAGACCGAAAAUGAAGCCACCGGUGAUCAUAACAAGAUCGAUACUGAGAUCGAACAGAUUGAAUUGGAGAUCAGCCGUUUGACAUCCAAAUUAGAAGCACUUCGUCUUGAGAAAGCAGAGAAGAAUUUGAAAACCAUUGAAAGGGGCGGACGGGUAGUUCCUGCAAAUUUCGUGGAGGAGAAACAGAGGACAAAGAAAUCAGCCACGGCGACAAAGAUCAACGAAACUCCAGCAACGAUCACGGGUACAAAAUUCCGGCGUAGGGGAAUCAGUCUUGGUCCAUCAGAAAUCACCGCCGGCAUAAGAUCCCGGCAGAUGGGUAAGCACGAAAUCACACCCAUUCAGUCCAUACAGAACCGUCGGAAAUCGUGCUUUUGGAAGCUUGAAGAUAUCAAAGAAGAUGUGAUAAAGCAGAGGAGACAGAGCUUGACUUCAAGCCCGAAAUCACGCUUUUCUGUUUCCAAGAUCCAAGCUUCCAGACAAGCACUUACGACUGUAGGUUCAAAGAAAUCUGCGAAACGAGAUGAUUCACUCAUGUCCUCCAUUCAACCCAAAAAUCUAUUCAAAGAGGGAGAAAAAUCUGUCUCCUCCAAGAAACCUCUAAAGCCUGGGAGAAUUGUGGCAAGUCGUUACCAUCAGACUUCGGCACAGGCUACUGUAAAUCCCACAAAACCUGAUCAGAGGAAGGGGUUAUUGCCUGAAAAUGGCAACAACAACAGUAAAAGGUGUGAUCAGAAACGGGUCUCAAUUGGAACAUCACAGGGAUCUCAGGAUGAACAGGGGAAGAAUCUGGCAAACGAAAACCAGUUGAAGAAGCGAGGGGAAACUCCGAGUGACACUGUAACAGAUCGGAGGAAGAGUACAGUGAAUGGAUCGCAACUUUCUGUUCUGAAAAUUGCUGAUUUGCUUCCGAGGAUAAGGACAUUACGAUGCAUUGACGAAAGCCCAAGAGAUUCUGGACCUGCCAAGCGGGUAUCGGAUUUAAAUGGGGGAAGAUCAUAUUUCAGUACCGAGGAAACAGAGGUGGAGACAUCCAUUUGCAAAGCCUUCAAUUUUGAUGAAGAGGAGGAAGAACAAAAUAAUGAGAUAGAAAGUUCCUUACUCUAAUCUAUUUUGUUCUUAGUUUUCACAUCUGUUUCUACAGUUAUGGCGUUUGUGAUAAGGUAAGCUUGCUUUUUGCUUCCUCAAACUGGAUUGUAAGUUCCUAUUUUAUUUCCUUUCUAUCCUUUUUACUUCCUAAUACAAUUCUGAUGUUUGGUUA